AGCGCUAGCACGACGACAUCUACAAUACAGAACAUCAUGAAGUUGCUGCCGAUUGUUGACCUUGAGGCUGAUCAGGGCUUGCCAAGAGCGACAUUACAGCAUCUUGGACAGAUUCUGAUCGUAGUGACACCGAGCAAUUUCGGAAGAGUUCUUGGCUUCAUCAAAGCACACUUCACGCUGGUCUCUGUGCUUGCAGAUGUCAAGGCCCUUGACGCCGAGCAAGUUGCUUCAGUUCUCAAUGGUGGAGCGAGCGCUGUCUUCUGUUCUGAUGAGCAAGCGGAAGCUGCUGCUGUUCCCAAACCCAGACGCAUCACAUCUAUUGUGCAAAAGGCUGACCUGACGUCGCUGAAGGAGGAGCAAGAGGCGUACUAUUUUGAGGAGACACCGACACUCGAAGCCUUACAGGAACUUCCAGCAUCUGCGACACUCGUUACGUCCGCGGCCAACCUUAAAUUACCUGAACAAGAAAACGAGAAUGCACCUGCGUCGCUCGGCCAGUCAUCAGGCUCACUCGACAUUGCCCAAGUCUUUUGCAUAGGCACACAAUCAGAUCGCGCAGACAACCUGAUUCCCACAGUUGUCUGCAACAAUCGCAAUCAAACACUUGGCCUAGUCUACUCGUCAAAGCGCUCGAUUGCCGAAACAUUACGCACCGGUACAGGCGUCUACGAGUCUCGAAAGCGUGGACUAUGGUAUAAAGGAGCUACCUCUGGAGACACACAACGCCUUCUCAGACUCAGCUACGAUUGCGAUGCCGACUGCAUCCUGUUUCAAGUCGAGCAAACUGGACGUGGCUUUUGUCACCUGCCUCAAUCCUCCUGCUUUGGUCAGCUCAAGGGGCUCUCUGCACUUGAAAAGACGCUCGUUGAACGCAAGGCAUCUGCACCAGAAGGUAGCUACACCAAGCGGCUAUUUGAAGACUCGAAACUAUUGAGAGCCAAGAUUCUGGAAGAGGCAGAAGAGCUUUGUGAUGCAACGACCAAGGAAGAGGUUGCAUUUGAGGCUGCCGACCUCAUCUAUUUUGCAAUGACUCAAUGUAUUGCAAAGGGAGUAUCUCUGAAUGACGUCGAAGGUGCACUGGAUGCCAAAGCACUCAAGCUGCCAUCCGCUCGCCGGCCUGGCAAUGCGAAGAAGCCAUACGCAGACAAGAUUACGGAGAAGGAGGCGAAAACAGUGGCCAAGGUCAAGGAAUUGGGCGAUGAUCCACCAGUCGACGAUCAAGAAUCUCUCAACCUCAAAGUGCACCAAGCUGCAGACGUCUCUCCAGAUGAGCACAAAGCUCUCCUUCGACGGCCGAUCAAAAGCAAUGACGAAAUUAAUAAGCUGGUGAAGCCUAUUCUUGAAGCAGUCAAGGAACGUGGCGAUGCAGCCGUACUUGAAUUCACCAAACGCUUUGAUGGAGCUGCGCUGAAUAGUCCGGUCUUGCGCGCGCCGUUCGAUUCAUCCCUCAUGAAGCUCAGCGGCAAUGUCAAGACCAGCAUUGACCAGGCCUUCUCCAAUAUUCGCAAAUUUCACCAGGCUCAGCUCGACAAUGACCAGCCCAUCUCAGUGGAGACUAUGCCUGGCGUCGUAUGUUCUCGCUUCAACCGGCCAAUUGAGAGUGUUGCUUGUUAUGUUCCAGGCGGUACUGCAGUACUGCCAUCCACGGCCAUGAUGCUUGGUGUCCCAGCCAUGGUGGCAGGCUGUCCUCACAUUCUCUUCGCUAGUCCACCUCGCAAAGACGGCUCGCUUAGCCCAGAGAUUGUGUAUAUUGCUCACAAAGUGGGUGCUGAAGCAAUCUUACUUGCUGGCGGUGCUCAAGCUGUUGCAGCGCUGGCCUACGGGACAGAUACGGUUCGCAAGUGCGACAAGAUUUUGGGUCCAGGCAACCAAUUCGUUACGGCGGCCAAGUCCAUUGUCGCCGGAGAUGCAGAGGCACUCGUCAGUAUCGAUAUGCCUGCCGGUCCCUCUGAAGUGCUCAUUAUUUGCGAUGGUAGCGCGAAUCCAGCAUUCAUUGCAAGCGACAUGCUCAGUCAAGCAGAGCACGGCGCCGACUCCCAAUCUGUCCUGGUAGGUGCAAAUCUCACCACGGAAGAGAUUGAUGCCAUCAAGAAGGAAGUGGUCCGUCAAGCGAACCUGCUUCCACGUGUCGACAUUCUAAAAAAGUCGAUCGCUCACUCCUUCAUCUACAAUGCGCCGUCUGUGGAUGAGGCCAUCCAAUUUUCGAAUGCCUACGCACCAGAGCAUCUCAUUGUCUAUACAUCAAACUCGGCAGCCGAUGCGAAAAAGAUUUUCAAUGCUGGCAGUAUCUUUGUUGGCCCGUAUUCGCCUGUUGCUUGCGGAGACUAUGCAUCAGGUACGAACCACACACUUCCGACAUAUGGAUACGCACGGCAAUACUCUGGUGUCAACACGGGAUCUUUCCUCAAGGCCAUCACGUCCCAGGAAAUUACGCGUGCCGGACUCGUUGAUCUUGGCAAAGUCGUCAUGCAAUUGGCUGAAGUGGAAGGCUUGGACGCUCACAGAAAUAGUGUACAAGUCAGACUUGACUAAACCAUUCUAUAUAAUCGUAGAUAUCAGCAGUCCUUGCUCCAAUAAUUC